AUGCCAGCACUGAUCCUCGCCUUCUUCCUCGCCACCACUUGGGCCGCAAGUCCACAGGAGACCCAUGACGCCGGAAUCGAUGAACAGGCCAAAGCAGCAUACUUCGUCCUGCCCAGUUCCGGCUACGUCUUCGCACUGAACGUCGCCGAGAAUGGGGACGUCUACUACCAUAUGAAUGCUCCGGCUUCGCAUUCCUGGAUGGGAGUCGGCUUCGGCUCGAGCAUGACCAAUACCCGGAUGCUGAUCUCCUACCUGGCGGAGGACGGCCACCAUCUUACCAACACAGUGCGGUAUAGCACUGGGCACACGGAACCCGUGGCGGAGGACGUUGUCAUCGAGCCUGUUACAAGCGAUCACUACGCUCCUUUCUCAAAUACACUGAGCCCAGACGGUAUCAUGAUCGCUCACGCAGUCUGUCGGAAGUGUGCGACUUGGAAAACCGGAGCUCUGAAUCUGACCAACACAGCCGAACAAUUCGUCUUCGCCCUCGGACCAAAUCUGACCCUCCACUCCAACGACAAAAACGCCCCUCUUCGACUCCACGACUUCCACGGCACGUUCCAACUAGACAUGACCGUAGCAACAAACUACACCGGCGACUACGCACGAGUUCCCGCGCCCCAAGAUCCCGGCCUCCAAACCGGCGACUCAUUCUGGGCGUUUGCAAACUACUACUCGUCCUCCGCAUACAACACCUCCAACGACGCCGAAUGGGCCGGCGUAGCCCACGCAGUCUUCAUGUGCUUCACCUUCCUGCUCAUCUUCCCCUUGGGCGCUCUCUCCCUCCGUCUCCUGCGGCGAGCACUAGUCCACGCAGCAGCCCAAGUUCUCGGAGUCAUAUUCCUCACCAUCGGUCUCGGCCUCGGAAUCUACGCCUCAAAGCUAUACAACAAAUCCAAAACCUUCACCACCCCCCACCAAAUCCUCGGCCUCCUCAUCUUCGCCUCCGUCUUCCUCCAACUCGGCCUCGGACUAACCCACCACAUCCUCUACCUCCGCGCCGGAUUACCCACGAUCAUGGGGAAAAUCCACCGCUACCUCGGGAUAUCCAUCACUCUCCUCGGCAUCGCCAACGGGUUUCUCGGCCUAGACUUCGCCGGCGACAAGCUCACGCCCUAUGGAAUCGUGGUAGCCGUGAUGCUGCUCAUCUUCGCAUUACUCACCUACCUCGUCUUUCGGCAUAACAAUAAACACGUUUAUAGACCGGAGAAGCAAGCCUUCAUUCCCAACGAGGAUGGAGAGGCAGGGCGGGAAUACGAGCUUCGUGAAACCCCCUUCUCGUCGAAUUCGAGACGGUAUAUACAAACGCCGCGCACGCCGUUCUUUUCGCUGGCGAGGCAGAAGUGGAAUGAUCGCAGUGAGGACAAGAGGGCCGAGAGGAGGGGGAAUCAGAUGGCAGCGAACAGUGCUGCAAAAGUGCAGGCCGAGAGUCUAUAUGCGGACACGCCGGCUUCAGAGAGGACGAAUCCGUUCAAGGGGAAGUGGGAGGCUGUGCCUUUGCGGUGA